CAUUAGCAUAUAUAUACCUUGAGAAGACAAGGCUGAGAUUAUCUCAAAAGGAGAUUUUAAAAUUAGUGAAUGUUUUUUACUUUAAUACCUCAUGGCCCUUAUUUUGCCAUUUGUAAAAUCACUAUAAACCAAUUAAUAGCUGUGAAACACUACAACAUGCAGUAAAAAUGUAAAGAGGAAAUGAGUCAUUCUGUCUAUAGCAGACUUCAAAAGGGUUCAGUAAAUAAAUCAGAGAGUCAAACACUGACCAAUAAGGGUGACAUAACAUGCUGAAUAGUGGCUUAUUAGAAAGGCAGUGUCCAUCCAGGAGCUAAAGAAGCCAAAGCCUGUGUGAAAAAACUGAAGGCAGGUAAUUAAAGAGCUGCGUUACUACGUCCAUGCUCAGGGAGAACAAAUCUAAGGUUCCAGAACAACAUGCUCCAAGUUUGACUUUGCAACCUCUGUAAUAGUCUUUUAACCCAAUAUGUCUUUUUUUACCCCUCUGGGUUAAAAAAAAAAAUAUUAAAAGCUUCCUCAUGGCCUCUUUUUGACACCUGCAGACGCAGCAGGAUCAAACAAAAGCACGUAACUUGCCCCUCCAGAGGACAGCAGGGGUUAUCAAGCACUUGAUGAGGCAGUAGGAGCUGACAGCACCAUACUUUGCUAGGUGACUACAUGGAGGUUUGCAGAAAGCAGGGGAAUGAGGAGACUGGGGAGAUACAGAACCCCUCCAUGGUCUUGCACCAGGAUGUGGCGAGAGAAGCCUAGCCUUCCUAUCCAUUUCUUCCAGUUAUGUCCCUUUUUGUUUGUCUUUAACCAAAGUCCUCUCUCAGACCUCUUUCUUCUGCCUCCCCUGUCACUUCACCUGGCCAGCAAUUCCCUUAUGGCCUUGCAGCUGAAGUCCAGAUCUCUGCAUUUGCACUCGUGUCUAGUUUAUGUGCCCAGCUGUCCCCAUCAUCAUGUCUCCAGUCUCCACCCUGUUUCCAGCUACAGCCUCUGCCCACUAUUUCCUGCUCUAAGUCCUGUUCCCCAGCUCCUUGGUUACUCUCUGGCCCUCCUUGAUGAAUAAAAUACCAGCCCCAAUGAGUGAAUCAUGAUAGAAUCAGAAUCAUAGAACCAUAGAAUGGUUUGGAUUGGAAGGGAUCUUAAAGAUCAUCUAGUUCUAACCUCCCUGCAUGGGUAAGGACAGCUCAAAGCCCUGUAAAACCUGUCCUUGAACACUUCCAGGGAGCAGGCAUCCACAGCUUCUCUGGGCAACAUGUUCCAGUGUCUCACCACCCUCACAGUAUAGAAUUUCUUCCUAAUAUCUCUUUGUAGGAGAGGUGCUGCAGCCUUCCUGUGGAUUCACUCCAGCAGGUCCAUGUCCUUCUUGUGUUGGGUCUCCAGAACUGGACGCAAUGCUCCAAAUCAGGAUCUACAGUCCCUGGCUUGGCUUUAACCUCCUGGAUGGAGUGAAGAGGAACAGCUUUGUCGCCAGAAGCAUCUAAACACAAGACAGCAGGGAGAUUGCUCACAAGCAGGUGACAGGACCAUGGACAACACAGAGAAGGGCAAGCUUCAUCAGGAAAGUCCUUUCAGAGCUAAACUGCAUCUGUUCCCCUCCAGAAAGCUGACAGGAGAUACUCUCCAGGAUACCCAUCAAAGACAGGUCUGCAAGCAAGAGCUGGAGACAGAAAGUAUGGUGGAGGCAUCUUUUGGAAAGAGACAGGGAAUGAUAACUUCUCGUGGGAUGGAGGUCUGGGAGUGCAAGGAGAGUGGUAGAGCCCACAUCAGCAAGGUUAUCCUUGCUGUGGAUGAGCCAGAUCCACCAAUGUGUGGGAACAGUGCCAUUUGGAUUCAGCAGGUGGGAGAGAAAACUUACCAGUGUCCUGAGUGUGGGAAGAGCUUCAGCCGGAGCUCAUACCUAAGCCAGCACCAGAGGAUCCACCUGGCGGAGAAACCCUUCAGCUGCUCAGAAUGUGGGAAGAGCUUCACCCGCAACUCAGACCUAAUCAAACACCAGCGAAUCCACACCGGUGAGAAGCCCUACCAAUGCAAUGAGUGCGAGAAGACCUUCAGCCAGAGGUCCAACGUGAUCAGGCACCAGCGGACCCACACGGGAGAGAGACACUACCAGUGCAAUGAGUGUGGGAAGAGCUUCAGUCAGAACUCGCAUCUCAUUGUUCACCAGCGAAGCCACAAGGGUGAGAAACCCUUUCAUUGCCCCCGGUGUGAGAAAAGCUUCAGCGACCGCUCCUCCCUGAUCAUACACCGGAGAGUGCACACUGGGGAGAAGCCCCACAAGUGCCAGGAGUGCGGUAAGCGCUUUCGGGACAGCUCAGCCAUUAUUCGGCAUCAGAGGAUCCAUACGGGAGAGAAACCAUACGAGUGCACCGAGUGUGGGAAAACCUUCCGGCAGAGCUCCUCACUGGUGACCCAUAUGCGAACGCACACGGGCGAGAAGCCCUACAAGUGCCCCAUCUGCGGGAAGGGCUUUAGCCAGAGCUCAGCACUCACCACUCAUCGCCGGAUCCAUGGGGGGAAGGCCUUGCCCAUCUACCCCAGCGGCCUCCUGCCCAACCCCUACCAGUGUGCCCAGUGCGGCCGGAGGUGCAGCGACUGCUCCACUCUGGCCAAGCACCAGACCACGCAUGCCGAGGAACGGCCCUACAUCUGCGUGGAGUGCGGGGACAGCUUCCGUCGGAGCUCAGCUCUCAGCGUGCACCUGAGGAUCCACCGCGGGGAGAGACCCUACAAGUGCGAGGCGUGCGGAAAAACAUUCAGGCACAGCUCAGCCCUCGGUGCCCACCUGAGGAUCCAUGCAGGCGACAAGCCCUAUGAGUGUGGCGAGUGUGGGAAAAGCUUCCGGAAAAGCUCAACGCUUAAAGUGCAUUUGAAAAUCCAUGUGGCCAAGAAACCUUAUAAAUGUGCGGUGGGUAGGAGGAUGCUCGCUUCCCGCUCGCUUCUGCCGUAGGGCUGAGUGGGUGUUCAGGAAACAACAGCAAUAUUUGGGGGCAACUGAAAAAGGCGGGUGAUGAGAACCAUGGUGGGAAGAGACUGACUGGAGACGUGGUGACUCUGGUGUCAGGGCUGGGCGCUGUGUGGCACAAAAUCCAUCAGGAGGUCUAGACACAGGGAGUUAGUCUUCAGAUCUGAGCACUGGUGGUUUAGGAAGAGUGGUGAGAGCCUGAGGAGUGGGCACCAGCUUCUGGGUAAAUCUGGGGACUGUGAAUAUGUAGUAGAAUAUCAAUUGGGAGAAUCAGGCUCGUAAAGUAACUUUUCAGCUGAAGUGAAGAUCAAAAUAAAAGGUUCCAGGUUGGUUCUGACUCAAAACUUCAGCUUGUUAAACACUGUACUAGUCUUAGGAACUCCCUUUUUUACUGCCCUCUCUCGUCUUUCAUUAAUGUUUUCCCAGUGUUUGACAAGGCACUUCCAAAUCUUCUAAGGCUUUGGAGCUGAACUUCAAUCUACUUGUCUUUUCUCUCUGUUUUCCAAAUCUUACAUGGGACAAUUAAUUCCUACCUCUGCACACAAAGCCUGGGUGAUGUGAUAGCUGAGUAAUGCAGAACUGUCAUGGCUGUUCCCAGAAAACAGGGAUGCACAAGCAUUUCCAGUUGGAAUCCAGCCCAUUACUGGUCUCUGGCAGUUUCUCACAAAUUUGCCCUUGCUGAUUUGAUGCCACUUCCAACUUGGGACAUCAAUAAAACGUGGGCAAAAAAUGUGGCCUUACCUUAAUUAACCAAAAAAAAACCUUCCUCGUUGCUGUGAGAUGUGUCAGAAUUGGUACACGGUGAGUUUCUUCUGGUAGUCCAGAGACUGUUUGCAAUUUUGUAGUCCUUUUUAUGAUACUCCUCUUUAGCUUACUAUUGCUUGUAAAGUAUUAACAUACAAAGUCAAGUGUUAACAGUUAGGACUUACUAUAAUUGCAUUUAUUACUAUGCUAAUGACUGUAUAUUACAUAAGCCUCCCUCUCUAUUGCUAUGUUUUGUUACUAGCUGUGUGUUUGCGUCCUAAAUAAAACCUUUUUUCCUCUGUACAA